AUGGCUCCAUUUCGAGAAUUAAGCUUUGAACAGAGAGUUCGCAUUGUUUUACUUAAUGAAGAAGGUGUUUCAGAAAGAAAAACUGCCGAAAGAAUGAAAAUAUCAAAAACUGGAGUUCACAAUACAAUCAAACGUUUCAAGGAAACUGGUCAAUAUUGUGACUUACUACGACCUGGACAGCAUAGAAAGAUAGAUGAACAUGGUGAUUGUCAUAUUACGAGAUUAUAUAUGUCAAACAGAAAAUUAACAGCUCCACAAAUAAUGAGAGAAUGCAAUGAAACUGCUAAAAAACUUGUUUGUGUUCGGACAAUAAGAAAUCGUUUGAUGAAACCUGAACUUAAAUGA